UUCUUCCAUUUAUCUCUUUGUACUUUGCUUUCGGCCAAAGACAAGCAAUGGGUGCUCUUGAUUAUCUUUCUAACUUUUGUACUGUCACCACCACAAGAGGCAAACGCAAACCAAUGCAGACAGUUGAGAUUAAAGUCAAAAUGGACUGUGAUGGUUGUGAAAGGAGAGUGAAGAAUUCUGUUAAGUCCAUGAAAGGUGUGAAAUCUGUGGAGGUUAAUCGAAAACAAAGCCGGGUAACAGUUAGUGGCUAUGUUGAGCCAAACAAGGUAUUAAAGAAAGUAAAGAGUACUGGAAAGAGAGCUGAAUUCUGGCCUUACAUCCCACACAACUUAGUUUACUAUCCUUAUGUUCCUCAAGUCUAUGACAAGAGGGCCCCUGCAGGCUUUGUUCGCAAUGUUUCACAGGCGGUACCUGCCCCGAAUGCACCUGAGGAGAGAAUGACCUAUCUCUUCAGUGACGAUAACCCAAAUGCAUGUUCCAUCAUGUGAAAUACUACUUAACUGAGUGGAAGAAAAAAAAAAAAAAAAAAUGUUCACAUGAGGAAGAAAGUGAGUUUAUAUAAAGGAAUUUCAAUAUGAUGUUUUGUUGUGGCCUUCUACUAUAUGUAUGUAUGUAUGAUUUCAUGCUUUGCCAGUUUAAACUGCCUCAUGUAGACAAUGAUGUCAAUGUUUUAGCUGAUAUAAAUAUAUGAGGUAUUGAAUGUAAUAAA